AUGUGGAUUCUUGAAUGUUCAGGGAAUGAUCUCAAAGGGAAAAAAUCAUGGCUUCGUCCAGGAACAAAACUACAUUUUGGGCGAACAAAUAUCAAUGAUGAGGGACAAGUUAUUGUGUUAUCGCACAAGACUAUCUCCCGAAAUCAUCUCACAAUUGAAGUGAAUAUACCAGACCAGCUUGACUUUCAUAAUCCUCAUAAUCGAUCGAAGAUUGUGGUAAAAGACCUCAACACCAAAAUCGGUACCUUUUUAAAUGGAAAACAAAUCAGGGGAUCCAGUGUCGAAUUGGACAAACCCCACAAUAAGAUCCAAUUAGGCCGUUACGAACACAAUUACUACAUAAUAUGGGUGCCCGUCAACUUUACCUUUUCUUUCGAAACCGAAGGUGACAGCACGGAUCUUAUCAGCAAACUACGUUCCUCUUUUGGACCGCUUGAUAUCAAGAUACUUGCCAACUAUGAACGCGAAAAUACCACAUAUGUUAUUAGCGGUAAACGGAAUACUGGCAGAAAUCUUCAAGCCCUUAUUGAUGGGAAGCACAUUUUACAACACGAAUCAUUCAUUAAUGCCCUCGCUUCAACGACCUCAGUAGAAAAUAAAGGGCUUGAACUUGACUUUUACGGGAACUUCCCGAAGCCAGCUGAACACUUGCAUCCCAUUAACGAUACACUAACGCAACUUAAGGAAACUGAUUUUUAUCCCAGUACGGUACGGCAAAAUAUUUUUGAGGGUUACACUUUUAUAUUUCACGAAAAAUCUCAAUUUGUCGAGUAUAGCAACCCAAUUACUGCCGGUAGUGGAAACGCUUAUUUAUAUGAGAUGAAACCUCAUGAAACGAAGAUCGAUGAGUUCACGGGAUACAUUAAAAAUUUUAGCCGUGAGCGAGAGUCGAGUGAACAUUGCAGCCGAGAAAAAGCCAGAACAUUAAUUUUGAUAGCAUUUAAUCCUCCAAGGAAAUCUGAUUCAAACUGGCAUACAGAGUUCAGGAAGCAGGCCUCUCUAACUUUACGUUGUCAUUUUAUUGAUCCAGAUGAGCUUUUCAAAGCAGUUAUCAAGAACGAUAGAAGUACUUUAAAAAAUUAUGAAUACAAGAACUUUGAUCACGUGGAUUACGAGCCAGUUUGUUUAAGAUCUCGUAAUACUAUCAAGGCUCAGAAGGAUAUCCCAUUUCUUGAAAGUGAAAAACUGUUAAAUCCUCUACCGCGAAAUGGCGGUAGAGUUCGUCGAAAUGGUCGCCUCAAGAUGAUAGGGUUUGACGACGAUUUCUCUGCAAAAUCCAGUCCUCCUAAAGCUGUACCUGAACCUCCGACAGAGUUAGCUGGUUACACUCGGUCAAUUGACGAAUCCCAAUCUCAGGCUAUAACUCCUGUUGAAUAUCUCUCAACUACGGAAGGUUCCAUAUUUAGAGGCUUAACUGCACCAUCGGGCUUCAUAAAUACGGCGAUUAAGCAUGAAGCUGAAAACCCAAAUGAUCGGAAAAGAAAAAAUGUUAUAUCACCUGUCGAAGAGAAGCAUAGUGAUAUAUUAUUAAAUUUUGGACUAUCUACACCUUCGCGGAAGCGAAGAAGGAUCUCUAGAGCUGAGCAUGCAGAUAUUCACGAAUCGAUAAUACCGCUCCCAAAUAUUCAGACAAAACAAGGAAAUAUAAUUGAGAGGGAAAUCGAUCGAAAUAAAUCCACCGAAGCUGAUACUGAGAUAGAAGAGGUGUCAAGAGAUAAUAAAGAGGAACGCCAAAAUAUUGAGGCAGAAUACGGUGAUGAUCAGGAGCAAGUGUCCCUCGAAGAUAAAUUAAACGUUCUCCAAUUAGCUGAAAUUCGGAACAAGAUAAAAAUUGAGAAUAUCAAAGUCAGAAUGACUAACCAAAGCGGCAAAAUGAUACGUCCACCAUCCGAUCAUGGCUGGGAUGAGCGUUGGAAUGGAAGGAAGAACUUUAAAAAAUUCCGCCGAAAAGGAGAGCCGGGUAACGUUAACGGUUUCAAUAAAGUAAUCGUACAACUUGUAGAGGCUAAAGAUGGAGAUCGAGAAGUUUCUGGAGACCUCUGGGACGAUGAAGAGUUGAUAAGCACGAAUUACACAAAGAAAAUUGAGAAAAAUCAGCUAAAGAAACGGGAUCAACAACUGUCUGAUUUCAACAGGAAACGACACCAACGAAGCCUAGCAAAGACCGGUACUCGUGAAACUAUUCAAACCCAAAACCUAGGCGUUGGUGAUCAUAAACGGGUAGCAGAAUACACGAAAGGCAAUAUGAGACAAGUGAAAAGGCCAAGAAUGACAACCAUCGAGAAAGAGCAAGAUCACAGCGAAGACAGUGACGAUAGUUUAAAAUUCCGGUUCAGAAAGAAUUCAUAA